CAGUUUUGGUUUGCAGAAAAUAGACAAGAUUCAACGGAUGUCUCACAAAAAGAAGAAAUGGACAAGUCUAGAGAAGCAAAUGAAGAACCGCCAAGUUACGAUUCAGCAACCUCAACCUCAUCAUAUGUUGCACCUGAAGAACCGCCAGCUUACAAAGGGCAAUUUUCAAGCCAACCAUGUGCGCCAAUGAUACCCCCUUACUGCGUACAACCAACUGCGCCAAACCAUGCAGCAUCUGGGGAGAGGAUCUGGGCUUAUGAGAUGUUCUUCUGUUUCUCUGAUGUCCCAGUGUGCUUGCUGCAGCUCUUUUGUCCCUGUGUCGCCGAGUAUAUGACAGCGAUAAAGGCCAACUACAAGAGAGUGGGCAUGUUGCUGGUUGCCGCAUGUGUUGCUUAUUACUUUAUAUACAGCUUCUGGAUAAUGAUCUUAGCUGCAAAGCAAUUUACUGAGUUUGAGAUGCAAGUCAAUAAAGAACAGUACGAUUAUGAAAGCGUCCGCGAAAACUCUGAUCUCCAACGAAAAUAUUCUGCUCUGAACGCCGCUUAUUGUAGUCUUAUGUCUCUUCUUGGUAUGAUUGCUCUGGCAAAAGUGUGUCUGGUGGUGUUGCUUCGGAGCCACAUUCGGAAUAAAUUCAACAUUGGUAAAGACAGAGGUACCAUGGGAAAUCUGGAGGAUGUGGCGUGUGUGGCCUGUUGCUAUAGCUGUGCUAUGUGUCAAAUGCUGUCAACUAUGCGCAAGUUCGAAAAAGAGGGAGUGCUCUAUUCGGUAGAACCGAUAGCCCAUGCUUAAAGAAGAUUCGCAAAUACCAAAGGAGAGAAAGCAUGCAAAACUGAAUUUUUCAAAUCGAAAUCAGUCUUCAACUGAUGUUAAAAUGCAAGCAUGCUUCAAAAUAAUGUUUAUCUGUCAUGAUUCACUGUAGUUAUAUUACAUUUAAAAGCAAGUUCACAUUCUGCGCAACUAAACCCACGUUUUGUAUCGAUUUAUUUUCUAGUUUGUGAGUGUCAAUGCACCAAGUGAACACACUUUUUUUAGCUCGUCGGUUUUCACUAUUCAGGUUUUAAAGGUUUAUUACACUCUUCACACCAAUGAAGAUGUAAAUGGCGCAAAAAAAACGCGAAUGACUUAGGUUUUAGUUUUUAGUGGUUUCAACUAUUGAUGCAUUUGCUCAGUUUGAUUUUUCUUUUGAAGUUUUAUCAUAAAAAAUUCUCAUCAAAGCCAAUUAUAUAUAUAUAUUUUUUUAUAAAUUUAUCAAAGCCCAAAAUAAUCGGUUGUUUGUAUUCGGUUUUCUUGAGUUCAUUGACCCCUGUUUGCAAUACCAACUGUCUAUUGGUGAUGUUUGCAUUUUCCCCAUGUGUGCUAGUUUGAUAUUAGAUGAUAGCUAAAUGAUGUUGCUAUUGAAUGAUAUAAAUUAAAAGGCUGCUAAAAAUUAGAUGGGCUUGAUUUUAUUGGUUCAUUUGUGAGAAGUGCCCAUAGAGACAGUCGGAAUUCUAAUGCAAAAUAGAUCUGGCUCAUCGAUGUUCUAUUGUGAAAACUGAAUUUGAAGGAAACUUUUCUUCGAUAAUAUAAUUGUGGUAAAAGGAGUGACCACAAACUCUUUACUAUUUACUAUCGUUAAAAACUGUAUCAUGAGAACCCUUCACAAGGAUAACAUUCUGUCCCAUCUGAAAUCUAUUUCAAAUUCGAUCGAUUAUUUGUCUAAUUGAAUAUAUAUUGUUCCGGCUUUGACCGAAAGCAAAGAAUAAAUUAGUUUGCUAUAAAUUCUGGAAGUUGUAAACAAACAAAAAACUAGUUU